CGAUUUCAGUACGCUUUGUGCGUUCGACGCGUGCGGUUCAUAUUGACGGACAACUGGCUAAAAAGCAUAUAAAGCCAAUUGGCCUAAGCUAAAUUCUGGCCAAACGGAUAACUUGGCUAAGUGUUCCUUGCAAAUACCGUUACCGACUGCAACUACAAAAAGACAUCAAAUGUGAAGCGAAGCAAACGAAACGAAAAACCAACAAACUGCAAACACAAUGAAAUGCAGCUGAAGCAGAAAGUGAAUGUAAAUAAAAUCAAAUAAAUACAGAACAAAAUACAAAAGUGAGCGAAAAAACGUGCAAGCCAACAAAAAAAACAACAACAACACGACUAACGGCAACAGCUACAACAACAACAACAACAACAACAAGGAGACCGAAAAAUCAUGAGCGAGAAACGAAUUGCGCACAAAACUGUCAUCAAAUGACAAAUGCUUGACAGCAUCAAUCAGCAACUGCGACGGCGACUGCGACUGAGUUUAGAGCGGCGACAGAGAUGGCAGCGCUUGGCCGGCGCCGCCGCAAGCAAAAACGCAGCGACGCCGGCAGAGCAGCAACAACAGCAGCAGCAGCAGCAGCAACUAGCAUAACAGCGUUCGACUUACAGCUAUCUCUCCCGUCGCUGCUGCUGCUCACGUUGCUGUUAAUGAGGACCACAACAGCGCUGUCGACGCCGACGUCUAUGCAUUUGAAUGAAACCAAAGAAAAUCGUGGCACAGCCAAGCAACUUAGCGGAAUUAGUGUUAACAACAUGUCCAGCACGCCCACAGCCACGCCCACAACCACACCCACUGCCACGCCCGUCGGCAUUAGGGAAAAUGUUAUGCUGCCCUCAUCGGAUCCAGAGCGUGAGGCGCAAAUACUCUACGAGAAAUCGCUGCAGGAAUAUCAUGGCAGUCAGCGUGCCAAAGCAGCGGCUGCGGCUGCCAGCGCCAGCAGCAACGUCGAUAGCAACGGUGUUAGCAGCAGCGGCAGCGGCAGCAAGACAACAGCACGCAGUCUGCAUAGCGUCUGCGAGCUGUGGCUGCUGAAGCACUGCCACUGCACCGGCAGCCUGGAGAAUCUCAAGCUGAGCUGUCGCAGCAUUGGCAUCCUGGCGGUGCCUGUUAAUUUGCCUAGCGAGGUUCUCAUUCUAGAUUUGGGCAACAACAAUUUGACCAGACUGGAGGCCAAUUCAUUUUUCAUGGUGCCACAUCUCGAGGAGCUAACUUUGUCGGACAAUAGCAUCAUUAAUAUGGAUCCGUAUACGUUUUACGGUUUGGCCAAAUUGAAGCGUUUAAGUUUGCAAAAUUGCGGCCUUAAAGCACUCGCGCCACAUUCCUUUCAAGGACUCAGCCAGCUUGUCAGCCUUCAAUUGAACGGCAACGCCUUGGUCAGCCUGGAUGGCAACUGUUUGGGCAACCUGCAACAGCUGCGCACCCUGCGCCUCGAAGGGAACCUCUUCUAUCGCAUUCCAACAAACGCUUUGGCCGGACUCAAAACACUCGAAGCACUCAAUUUGGGCAGCAAUUUGUUGACAAUAAUAAACGAUGAGGACUUUCCGCGAAUGCCAAAUUUGAUCGUGCUCUUACUGAAACGAAAUCAAAUCAUGAAAAUCUCUGCGGGCGCUCUCAAGAAUUUAACGGCUUUAAAAGUUUUAGAACUGGAUGAUAAUUUGAUAAGCAGCUUGCCGGAGGGACUCGGCAAAUUGCCGCAGCUGCAGGAGCUGUCCAUGACGAGCAAUCGCCUGCGCUGGAUAAACGAUACGGAACUUCCACGCAGCAUGCAAAUACUGGAUCUGCGCGCGAAUCCUCUAUCCACGAUCACAACAGGAGCCUUUCGCGGCAUGUCUAAGCUAAGAAAGCUUAUACUCUCCGAUGUGCGCACUUUGCGUAGCUUUCCUGAACUGGAGGCUUGCCAUGCGCUGGAAAUACUCAAGCUGGAUCGUGCGGGCAUUCAGGAGGUGCCAUCGAAUCUGUGUCGUCAGACACCAAGACUGAAGAGUUUAGAACUUAAAACCAAUUCCCUGAAAAGCAUCCCAAAUUUAAGUAGCUGCAGAGACUUAAGGCUGUUAGAUCUAUCGAGUAACCAAAUCGAGACGCUACAAGGACGACCUUUUCAUGGACUCAAGCAGCUGCAUGAUCUGCUGCUCUCCUACAAUCGGAUCAAGACCCUGCCGCAGGAUGCCUUUCAGGGCAUACCCAAGCUACAACUGCUCGAUCUGGAGGGCAAUGAGAUAGCCCAUAUACACAAGGAUGCGUUUGCUGCCUUCACAGCCCUGGAGGAUCUCAAUUUGGGCAAUAAUAUCUUCCCACAUCUGCCGGAGGCGGGUCUACGCGCUUUGCUGCACUUGAAGACGUUUAAUAAUCCAAAAUUGCGCGAAUUCCCACCGCCCGAUACGUUUCCACGCAUCCAAACAUUGAUCCUGUCAUAUGCGUAUCACUGUUGCGCCUUUCUGCCUCUGGUGGCCAUGUCCGCACAGCGCAAAACCUCUCAGGUGCAGGAGGCCGUUCUCUUUCCAUCCGAUGCUGAGUUUGACAUGACCCUGUGGAACAACAGCAUGAUGAACAUUUGGCCACAGAUGCACAAUCUUAGCAAGCAGCUGGGCGCUGCGAUGCACGAUCUGUGGGACUCGCCGCUGAACAACUACAAUCUAAAUGAGGAUCUGCAGCAGUCGCCGCCGGGCAGCCAAUCGGCUAGCAGCUAUAUGGAGGAAUAUUUCGAUGAGCAUGAUGUGAGCGGACCCGGCACCGGCUAUGGCUUUGGCACGGGCCUAUUUAGUGGCAUUACGGCAGAUGAUCUGCAGCCGGGCUCGGUGCAGUGUUUGCCCAUGCCGGGUCCAUUUCUGCCCUGUGCGGAUCUCUUCGACUGGUGGACGUUGCGCUGCGGUGUUUGGGUCGUCUUUCUGCUGGCGCUGCUGGGCAAUGGCACCGUUGUCUUUGUGCUGGUCUGCUCCAGAUCGAAAAUGGAUGUGCCCAGAUUUCUGGUUUGCAAUCUUGCCGCCGCGGAUUUCUUUAUGGGCAUCUAUCUGGGCAUUUUGGCCAUUGUUGAUGCGGCUACUUUGGGUGAAUUUCGCAUGUUUGCGAUACCCUGGCAAAUGUCGCUGCUCUGCCAGUUGGCUGGCUUUCUGGCGGUGCUCAGCUCGGAGCUGUCUGUCUACACGCUGGCAGUGAUUACGCUGGAGCGCAACUAUGCCAUCACCCAUGCGAUACACCUGAAUAAGCGCCUGUCGCUGCGCCAGGCGGGCUACAUCAUGAGCGUUGGCUGGAUCUUUGCGCUCUGCAUGGCGCUUCUACCGCUGCUCGGUGUCUCCGAUUAUCGCAAGUUUGCCGUUUGCCUGCCCUUUGAGACGACCACGGGCGUGGCCAGUUUGACCUAUGUGAUUAGCCUUAUGUUCAUCAAUGGCUGCGCCUUUCUCACCCUGAUGGGCUGCUAUCUGAAGAUGUAUUGGGCGAUACGCGGCAGCCAGGCCUGGAACACGAACGAUUCGCGCAUUGCCAAGCGCAUGGCAUUGCUGGUGUUUACGGAUUUCCUCUGCUGGUCACCCAUUGCAUUCUUUUCCAUAACCGCGAUUUUUGGACUGCAGCUCAUCUCGCUGGAGCAGGCCAAGAUCUUUACGGUGUUCGUAUUGCCGCUGAACAGCUGCUGUAAUCCGUUUCUGUAUGCCAUCAUGACAAAACAGUUCAAAAAGGAUUGCGUCACGCUUUGCAAGCACUUCGAGGAGACACGCAUCGUUGGCGGCGGCGCCACUGCAGCGGCACGUGCCGCACGUGGCAAGCGUGGCGGUGAGCUGCCGCCGCCGCUGCUGCCUGCUACUGCCACUGCGGCGGCGGCUGCUGCUGGUGUGGCACAUCCGCCUGGAUGCCGCUGCCUGCGCAUGCUGCCCAGCGAGAUGCCCAACUGGCAUAAGAUGGAGCGGACGACGCCGACAUUGUGGCAGCGUCUCAAGCGCCUCUGCUGCGGCCAGCGACAGCGACGCAAGCAGCGACGCCAGCCGCAGCAGCGACGUCAACGCGCCUACACCGCCGCCGCCGCCAAUCCGUAUCAGUAUCAGUUCGCGGAGUUGCGACAGCAGCGCAAGAAUCGAGCCAGCUCCAUAUCCAGCGAGAACUUUUGCAGCUCGCGCAGCUCCAGCUGGCGCCAUGGCGCCAACUCUUCGACGCCGGCGCCGCAGUCGAACUGCAGCAUGCCGCUAAAGCUGAUGGAGCCGGGCCAGAGCCACACGCACGGACGGCGCAGGCAUUCCGCCUGGCUGAUCACCCGGAAGACCUCACAGGACUCGAAUUUGUCAAGCUCCCGCAACGAUUCGUCCGCAUCGGCCACUACGGCCAGCACCUCUACAUUCCGGCUGUCGCGCUCCAGUGCCGGCAGCAGCACGCCGUUGCCCUCGAUAAUUGCCCAAUUUACAGCACACAAUGGCAAACAGCAGCACGAGACAUUGACCAAGCCGCGAUUGGUGCGCCAGGAGGCGGUGCAGGAGGAGGAGGACUCAUCGCCGCCACGUCUGGGCGUACGCUUUCUGCCCACCAUACCUUCCGCCGCAGACAGCUCGGUUAUAAUGGAUGACGGCGACUCGGCAAAUGCGGCAGCCGGCAGUGCCGGUUGCCUGGGCAUGCCGCAGCCGGGCGACUCGAGCGGAUUUCUGGUGACGCCACCUGUGCAACUGCAGCCGGAGAAGCCACCGCCGGCGCCAACUGAUGCGCCUGGAUGACCAGGAUUUUGGGGCAGCUGGAGGCGUCGGCAAGAGGAGACCUACCUGCCGGAUGUCAUCCUGUUUGAAACUUCUAAAAUCUACUGGGGAUCCUGCGACCAGUCACCGUUGAGAGUGCUCUGAGGACGGACCUUCCACGCUAUGUUGUCUACCAAUGGGCAAAAAAAACAAUUAAGUUCCAAUCGGAAAACUUAACAAAACUUAACCAUUCGUGGAAUUUAAUGGGCGAGAGUUGCUCUGGUUUUAUUUUUGCUUGCUUUAACCGACUAUCGCGCACGUAGAAUCGUUUUGUUCUGUUUUAACGCGUGUCGGUCCCUGCUCGGGCGCCAGUUAAUUUCAACGUUGUUUAAACGACGAAAAGAAAAUAUAACUUUGGGUUACAAGUCUUCCUUUAAUUGAUGUUAUUUAGCAACUAAAUAAACUUAAAUAUCCAGCAUUCAUACAUUACAUUUUAUUGCUGUAAGCCAAAUAACAAGUGUUAUCGAUUAAAAAUACAUCUGUUCGAUAAUAUCAAAACGUGUGCUGUCGUUUGUAGAGUAAUAAAUGUAUAAACGAUUUUUCCAUUAUUCAUAUACGAAAUUAUAAUUAUAAGAAAUACGAUAUAUUGUUAUAAUCGAUAAGAAUUAUGGCUUAAAGAAAAUGUGUGUUAUCGCUUAUCGAGUAACAAGUGCUAAGAUAUAAGUAGCAAGUGUUAUCGAUAAGUAAUUAAAAAUAAGAAAAACGUGUAUUAUCGAUUAAAAGUACUUUUUAGCUUAA